UCUCAGGGGGGAAGGGGGUCACGUGGAUUCAAUUAAUUAAUUAAGUUCCAUUGUUCCAGGUAUUAGCGAUAAUGAAGUAUUGUUCAGUUCAAUAAUGUUCUCGUCUGUUUGCAUUGAAUUUCUCGCUAAACAUUUAGAUCUAUACACUCUUGCUAUGACGUUUGGUCUACGUUAUACACAAACGUAGAGGCUCUGUUCAUCACAGUCCGAGCAGAUAGACUUGGGGGUCAACUCAUCAACAAACUAUGACUCGCAAAGAGGACGCACUACUAACUCUGUUCACUUUACUUUCGUGGUCAUUUCUGGAUGCAGCGCUGAUUUGUCGUGGCACACCAACCGCUCUGGAACUGGGCGUAUCACUUCAGCUCGAAUGUCUGUUUACACCCGACAGCACAAGCAACGUGACCUACCCGUCGUCUGUAAAACUGCUUCACUCCAACAGUACAACCAAUCCAAGCUACAUCGACCUGCUGACUGUCGUGAAUGUCGACAAUAUAGUGGGGGACUUAAGCAACUCUCCAAACAUCAAGGUCUUCGGCACGAUUGAAAAUAACAAGCUCUCCUACCUUCGCAUCAGCUGGGAAUCCCCGAAACUCGAAAAUGCCGGUGCUUACCGGUGCGUCACGUAUGGAGUGGAUAAAAAGGGAAACCCCCAAUUCGACUUAAGUGAAACCACUGUCUCUGUUAAAAAUCCUGAUGACAAGUGCCAAGGAAAUGACGCUAAAAAUACUACGAAUAAUAACAAAGGCAAGGGAAGGAAACAAGAUCUACUAACCAACGCACAGAAUUCCCUGUUUACUACUUCCCCUGAAUUUAAAGGAUCACGUUACCUUUUGUCCGAAACUAAUGACCCAAGGAACUAUGUCGAUUCAAUCUUGACGUGCGGACAACUUGGCGGUUAUUUCGCGGAAAUUGACUCGGAGGAGGAAUUUACCUUUGUGCUGAAUACUUUGUUAAACAGCUCUACAUACGAGACAGUGUACAUCAGUGGAACAGACGAAGCCAAGGAAGGAGUCUGGGUGCACAGCUUUAGUAAAACUAAUAUCGCGUUCUUUAAGUGGGCUCCAGGAGAGCCCAAUCUGGGUAAACGAGAAAAUUGUAUGGCUUACCAUAAAAAACUGUUUUGGCUUUAUGUCGAUAUUGACUGUGCGAAGCUCUUGACUUCUGAUGGCACUGUCUCUUUCGUCUGCGAAGUACCGGAAUAAACUCGAUGAGAAUGACCAGAAAUAAACCUAAAAUAAAGAAAAUUGAACAACUUUAUUGAAUUUAAUAAAAGUUGUAUAACAAAAAAAUAUAG